AUGACUGUGUACGCAACUGCGUGUCUGCCAUAUCCGGCGCCUCAACAAAAUGUGCAAACCUUGCUCAGGGAUCUGGAACAGGAGCGGCAGAGACGCUGGGAGGCAGAAGGAGCGACGACAAGCGCGGCCCAACAGCUGCAUUCGUACGAAACGAAAGUCUGUGAGGAUCUUACGAUGCAGGACGCGGCGGUGGAAGUGACGAGUCGACUCAAGAUGGCCGUGAACCGCGAACACGACGCCAAGCUGCAGCUACAGAAGAUCAUCGGUAACCUGAGGGUGGAACUGGAGGAGGCGAGGAGGCAGACGGAGAGUUCGCGAGAGGGGGAGCGCCGCCAGAGAGAGGCCAUCAGGAAGAUGGAGGCGUCCGUGACGUCACUAGAGAGCCAGCACGCCAGCAGACAGGCCGAUGUGGUGAAGCGGUGCGAGGAAGCCCAGCUGCGGUCGGCCGCGUGCGGCAAGGAGGCGGAGCUGCUGCGAUGCACCGUGCGCAGCCUCCGUACCGACGUCUCGCAGCUGCAGGAGCUGCUGGCGACGCGAGAGAUCAAACACAAGUGUGGCUUUGCAUAG